AUGGCGAAAACAUCCUGUGUACAUGUAGUUCUGCUGGGUCUCCUGGUAUCAGGGGCUCUGGCAGCACCGACUGGACAUGUCGUUGCGAGAUUGGCUCCUAUUUGCGAGGAUCCCAGCGUGUCGUGGGAGCAAAAAGCAGAUGCAUAUUGUGCAGUUUGUCUGAUGGAUAACGUACCACCUUGUAGGGAGAUUGUAGACAAGUAUUGUGGGCCACUCAUGAGCCCUUCUGUUGCCUACAAACAAGUCCAGUCCGUCUGGCGACGCGGUCAGGAUGACAAAAUUGAAGACUCGGACGACAAACCACCCAAACCAAAGCACGAGACACACAGGGCUGAGGACAGACUGUAUAAGGUUGUGGUUGACAGACGGUCCAAGUCUGAAGAAGCUGGAUCAAUCAGUGAUGAGAGCAGGAUCUGGCCUCGUCCACGUCCUCUCAUCAAAGAUCCGAUUUUCCACUUGCCGAUUGUUUCCCCAGUCACUCACGAUGAGAUGCACAUCGCCAUCAAGCGUGGUGUAGAAACUGCUCCAACAUCGCUCAACACUGGAAGCGAUGAUUCUGCUUUGGUAAAUUCUAGACCUGAGAGUCUUGCCGAUGGUCGACUAUCAAGCCCAGACUUCCAUGAGACUACACUCUGGGCCAAAUAUCACCCCAAAGCAGAGGGGUUAUACCGUCGCCAGACACCAGGACCUGCACAUGUCAAUUCUGACGCUGGAAAGACUGGCAACGGAUAUUCAUUCGAGACAGAAAUGAUUGAAGCGCAGUCUGAUUCACAAAAGACUGGGACAGUCUACGGAAAGCAUGUCGAGCACAAACCAGCUUCAGUAAUCUACCGUCGUCAGUGGCCUGAUUCGUUGCAAAACCCACCGCUGGAUUCUGCAAAUCUCAAUGAACAGCAAAAGAAACACUUCCAGGAUCCAAAUGGAGUCAGCUCUGACCUUUAUAUUCACCGACCUGCUCCUAUCGUGUGGCGUAGAGAAGAAAACGAGCCAGAAGCAACGGCAGGAAACCAUCAACAUCAUCCCAAAGACUGGCCACAACGUAUCCAUCCUGGACCGCCCAGAAUUCCCUCGUGGCAACUUGCUGGUCCUGCACUACCAAAGUCUGUAGACAUGGCUGAUUUGUCCAAGCGAAGCCCCAAACACAGUGACAAGGAAAAGGGAGGUCGUCCUAAAAUCGAACCAAUUGAGCCUUUCAGACCAGGAUCAGAAGCAAAGGUCCAUCCAGUAGCCAAUCUCCUCUACGGAGUACCGACAGAGAAGCGAGAUGCACAUGCCGUACCUCCACCAGAGUUUUUCAACGAAUAUCCAUGGCCCUCUCGCCCCCCAGUCUCAGCUGCAGACAAAAAGGUUCCGGCUGUGGAAAUUGAAAACUCGCCUGACUUGACAAGGCGCAGUCCCAAGCACGACAAAAGCAACGACAUGAAGGAAAAGGGAAAGAUCGAGAACAACGACCUCAGCGAUAUCAUCCUGACCCCAGAAGAGGGCGCAGUCAGACUGGGAGGAACACAAGCGACAACGCAUCUGCACGCCCACAUUGUCGCCGGAAAGCCCGAAGACGAGGAGAUUGAAUACUCGAAACGAGCUGCGAAUCCCGUGCCUCCACCAGAAUACUUUGACGAGAAACAUACGCAGUGGACCCAAGAAUUGCAAACGUCGGGCCACAAACCAGCCAUGAAUCCAUCUUCAUCUACCUCCUCUGAUGAAGAUGAGGAUGAUGAGAAAUGGACCAUCUACUCCACCCCCGAAAUCAUCGACUUGCCCCAUUCUCCCACCCCUAAAAUCCUUCCUCGCCGCUCAACCCAGAGCACCAAACCCAAGCACAAACCCACGAUUGAUGAAAUCGCAAAUCAAGACGACAUCUUCUGGCCCAAUCCCAAAGAACUCCAUGCAUUCGGUGGUCCGGCCAUCGUUCACGCCACUACAUCCGACAUCCACCGCCGCGACUCCUCCUCCUCCUCUUCUGACGCCUCGUUUAGCGAGAAAGCAGAGCAGCUAGGCAAGUUGACGCCAGAGGAGAUUUGGAAAUCGGGAAAAGAGCCGUGGUACACGCCGGCGAUUGUGCAUGCGGAUGCUAAGACUGUGUAUCGUCGUGAUGGAGGAGGAGGAAAGAUGAUGAGAGCAAGACAGUGGGAUACCACGAUUCCUGGAGUGCCAAAGGCGCAUGCGUUUGCGAGUGGGAUUCAUCGGCGGUAG